AUGGGAUUACGAGAAACGCUUACAGAGUAUGGUACUUUUGCAUCUGAAGAUAACAUUCUGUGGUCUAAAAUAGCAGAAAAGCAUGGCGUUGUGCGGUUAACGUUAACGCGCAAGUACAUCGGGAAAAAGAAGGCAAUUGCACAACAAAAGCUUACCCCACAACAAGAGAAGGAGCUUGUAAUAUAUAUAGACAAGCUUACUGCUCGUCAUAUACCCCCUACAAGGGAGAUGAUUGCCAAUUUUGCAUCAGCAGUUGCCCAGGAGCUAGUGAGUGAGAGCUGGGUUACUCGCUUCAUCAACAACAACUCUAUCCAUCUCAUCUCUCAAUACUCAACGGUUAUAGACUCUAAUCGCCACAACGCUGACUCAUACACCAAGUAUGAGCUCUACUUCAGCCUCCUGCAGCGCAAGAUUACAGAAUACAAGAUUGAGAGUUGCCACAUAUACAAUAUAGAUGAGAAGGGCUUUCUAAUUAGAGUUACUACUAGAACAAAGCACGUGUUCAGCAGGCGUAUGUGGGAUAAGGGAGAGGUUGAAGCAACACUCUAAGAUGGCAAUCGUGCUUAGAUAACAGUGCUAGCCUGUGUGUGCGGUGAUAGAUCAGCACUACCUCUAGGCAUCCUCUAUGAGUCUGCCAACAGCACUAUCUAAUCAAGCUAGGUAGAGGAAAUACAGUCAAGAGAGCACUCUGCCUUUGUUUUCUUAACACCUACAGGGUGGACUAACAAUAAUACAGGCCUUGCCUAGUUAAAACAGGUCUUUAAU